AUGCUCAAGUUAUUUAGAAUAGAAGAGAAAUUAGAAACUGAAAAUCAGGCACAUUCUGUUAGAUCUCUUUUAAAAAGUUUUGAUUAAGAUUAAGAAAUCAUUCUAAGAGAUAUUUAGGAAAAUAGAUAAUCAAAACAAAUUGAUCACAAAAGUAUAAUGAGUCUCCUUUUAGACUCUAAAAACAAGUAAGUGUUAAUAGAAUAAUAUUACUUAGAUCAAACUAAACUUGUAAUAUGGGGCCUAAAAUAAGAGCUAUAAGUUUUCAAAGUAAUAAACCUAUGAUGAAUCUCAAAGAGGAAAGUCCAAUCUUUAUUGAUAGUCAUAUUGAUCGUCCUGGAUUUAGUAAUAAAAUUUGGAGAACAAAAGCUUUAGAGAUUCUAAUGAUAACUUUGAGAUUCAUAAGUUUUAUUACUAAAUCAAACUUUGCUACUAGUUUUAAAUUAAUCAAUAAAAAUGUUUUUGAAAUAAUAGGUGAUGUUUCAUCUGAUUUUUCUUAUUACUUGUUAAAAAAUUUCUUUAAAUAUGAAGUAAAAAUGAUGAAUAAUACUAAUUAUAGAAACCAACAGGAUUUUAAAAAGUAAAGCACUUUUUAAAUUAAAUCAUAUUAGUUCCAAUACGUAAAACAAAGCUGCUUAAGAUUUAUUGUGGAAAUUAGAAAUUUAUAAUGAGACCUGAAUCUUUGGCUUCAAUUUGGUGGAACAUAUAUAUUCUUACUAUUUUGAAUAUUAAUGUACUUUAUGUAUCCAUAAAAAUUGCAUUUAAAUUUGAUGAAUAAUCAAAUGAUGCAUUUUAUUAAGCAAGAUAAAUUAUGUUUGAUGUUUUACCAUCAUAUUCAUUUAUGCUUGAAAUUCUAUUAAAAUUCAAUACUUGUUAUUAUUAUAAGGGAGCAGUAAUUGAAAAUCGAUAUUAAAUAGCUAAAAAUUACUUAAGAUCAUGUAAUAUAAUAAAUUUAUUAAAAUAGCAUUCUUCUUUGAUAUAUUUGUAGUAAUCCCAUUCUUUAUAAGUUUAAGAUUUGAUUUGGAAUAUCUGGAUUUAGUAAUUAUAUUAAAAGUGUUUUAAAUAACUAAAUUUUCAAGAACUCUUUUUGAUAGAUUAGAAUUGACAGCAAUCUAAAUUGUUAUAGUAGAUUUAGUUAAAUUAAUAUACGCAAUAUUGGCAGCAGCCCAUUUCUCAGCAUGCAUUUGGUUUUUAGUAGGUUCUACUGGAAAUCCAAAUGAAACAUCUUGGAUCAAAGCUUAGAAUAUAGAAAAUGAAUACUGGUUUAAUUAAUAUCUUCAUUCUUUUUAUUGGAGUAUCAUAACAAUGACUACUAUUGGUUAUGGCGAUAUUACACCUUAGAAUUUGAGAGAAAGAGUAUUUGCAGUUGGAAUGGCUUUAUCUGCAGUAGGAGUUUUUGGUUACUCUAUAGGUAAUAUUAAUUCUAUUUAUGCUGAAUGGAGUAGACAAAGCUUUUAAGUUAGAACUGAUAUGAACAACCUUAAAAAAUUCAUUAGAAUUAAAGGGAUUAAUAAACAUUUGGCUGAGAAAAUUAGAAAAUACUUUGAAUAUGUUUGGAGUGAUCAGAUGGAAGAUAAUGAUAGAGAAGUUUACAAAUUCAGUGAAUUGAUUCCAAAAUAAUUAGCUGAGGAAAUGAAAAUUGAUACUAAUAUGAAAUUAAUUUCAAAAAAUAGCUUUCUUGUAAAUAAUUUUAGUGAAUAAUUUUUAAUAUCAUUAUCUAAAGCAAUGAUAGAAGAGAAAUUUGUGCCAGAAUCAACAAUAUAUCAAGUAAAAUUGAUUAAUAUUCUUAUAGUAAAAUGAUCCUAGUGAUUAUCUCUAUAUUUUAUCAAAUGGAAAUCUCUCUUUUUAUAUAACUUUGAAAAAUAAAUAAUAAACAAUAAAGGUUUUGGAAACAAUUAAAAAUGAAGGAUCAUCCUUUGGUGUUUUAGAGUUCUUUUAAGCAUAAGCUUAUCAGAUGUCAUGUAAAUCAAAUUAAUUUUCAUAUGUAUUAAAAAUUGAUAGGUCUUAAUUUAUGGAAAUAAUAUCUUAACAUAAGAAUGAUUAUGUAAUUAGAAAUAUAUUAUUAGUAUAAAUACUGUGAAUUGGUUCAAUAAAUCUCCUUUAUGAAUAAAUAAGAAUUAGUAGAUGUGACAUGUAGAGCCUGCAAUAAAUCUACACAUAUUAUUCUUGAAUGCCCGUAAUUAUAAAAUAUUAUAUUAGUAUGGUAUGUGGUUAUCCAAAUAGAUCUAAAGUAUUGUUGAAUUACAGAAGAAAUAUUCCCUCUGAUAGAGUUAAAUAUACAAGAAAGUUAGAACGUAAAAUUCAAACAAGAAGAGAAUCAUGUGAUAUUUAAAAUAGUAUCUAUUUGUAUAUGUGUAAAACAUAAAUGAUGAAAGAAUAAAUAGAUAAGUUAAAAUACUCAGGGGAAAGUAAUGAUGAUGGUAAUAAUUGAUAUGAUUAAAUUAUCUAUAGGUACUAGUUUUAUAGAAGAUGAAAAUGAUGAAAUUCUUGAAAAUACAGAUAAAGUAGAUAAAGAAUUAAAAAGUAAUACUCUAUUAGCUCCAUUAAAAUAAUAAAAAACUGUAUGUUAACUUUAAAGAAAAUUAUCAUUUUAAGCUUGCACAGAUGCAUUACAGGAUGAUGAAAUUGUAAAAUCUAUUUAUAUAUAUAUAUAGAGAAAUAGAAUUUUAGAAAUUAUUAAUUAAAUUUAGAAAGCAGAGAGAUCUAAUAAAUAUUAGAGUCGUUUUAAUUAAGGACCUUAAUAAUUGUAACCAAAUUUAAGAAUCUAAAAUCAUCAAAAUACUCAUCUUAGCAAUAAGAGUUUUUUAGAUUCUGAUAAAAAAGUUGGAGAAUUCCAAAGGGGAGAAUAAAAAAAGUAAACAAAACAAGCAGGAAUAAAAGUUAAUGAUUUUUCAAUAGAACAAUUAUAUGUAAAUAGAACUUAAGAUGAAGAUCCAGGAAAAAAGUUUGGAUAAUAUUUGGAUAUUUUUGAAGGUUUUGAGAAAGUUAGGAAUUUUGAAUAUUUUUUGAAGCAUAAUAAUGCAAAUGAAAUAGCUCGAUUAAAUAAAGUUAUGAAUAAAAUUCAUAGAAAACAUAAAUAAAAUAAAUGA